CUUGUUCCUGCUGGAAACUUGGAAAGAGCCACAAUCUUCAACGAGAUCCAGACCGCACGUGGCUUUGAAUCUGUUAAGCGGGGUAAACAAUGGCUUGCAGAUUUCACACUUUCUCGGCGCCAGAGUCAUAUCUAUUUGAUUUCAAAGGAAGAUAUAGCUAGUCAGAAAGGACAUAUUGUAUGAUAUAAAAUCAGCGUCCAUGUUUGUGGAUCUAGCAACAAAAAAGACGGAAACAGCCAGGAAAUCAUCCAUUCUAUCUACCUAUCUAUCAUUCAUUCUAUCAAUUAGAUAUCCUCAUCUCGAAGAAAACUGCCAUAAUGGGUGAAUUCACUUUGCAAGUUCCCAUUGACAGCCCAAAGCUCGUCCAAAAGGGCUGCGAUGCUAUGAAGGAUGCUCCCACCAUCCCCGCAGACCUCAAGAGCUAUUUCCGGCCCAUCUGGUUUGUGCUCAAGAACAAAUCCCAAUUUUCUAUCAACCCAGACGGCACAGACUUCUACUCGGGGUGCUUGUACGGUCAGUCUAGCAACACGGGUGCCUACGGUGUCACUGGAUUUGGUGCCCGAAACUCGUGGGCGGGCACGACCGGAGCAGCGCGUUUCAAGAUCAAACUGGACCAACAGAACGAUGUCACUUUCGUGAUUGGUUUCUCCAAUCCGUACAUUGGCUACUACGGAGCCCAUAUUGAGGAGUCUUCGGACAUGAAGAAAGAUGGAUAUAACAAGAUUCAGGAAAACGGCAACAAUAUUGAAUCUGUCCAUGUAUACAAGGGAACUUCCAGUAGCGGUAUCCCUUUGAAGUUCAAAUUGCGCCUGUCUAUUGUGUCGGGUCAAACCAUGACCAUUACCGUGGUCCAGGAGGUGUGGGAAGAGGAAUGAGCGUUGCAAUAGUCUUUGUGUCGAUUUGUUGGCUUCUUCCUGUUACCAAUUGCCGUUCUCCAUAGUUGUGAUAGUUAAAACCUUCGAACACGCUUUUUUGAUUCUGGU